AUGAAGCCCGACGAUGUCGAAAAAGCCCACAGCUCGCCUGCUCUUGGGAGUCUGAACCAACUUUACCUCGACAAAAGCGCUUCCAACAGCUCCUCCGACGACUCAGACCUCGCAAAGCCUGACCCCGUGCCACAGUCAAGAUGCUCACAGUGGAUUGCAAGCUUGAGAAAUGUGGAAAUCCGUGGCAUCGGGCCGAUUCCUAUCGAAGAUCGAGAGCCAAUAACAUCAUCGACCAUACUUCAUAUGCUACUAAUGUGGUUUAGCAUGACAUUGGCUACAAAUAACAUCGUUGUUGGAUCAAUGGGUACACUCGUGCUUGGCCUCAGCUUCAGGGAUGCAGCCCUCUGUGCUGUAUUUGGAUGUUUAGCCGGCAAUUGCACUGUUGGUUUUAUAAGUAUAUGGGGAUCGAAAAGCGGGAACCGAACUUUGAUCGUGGCCCGAUAUUUCAUGGGCUAUUAUCCCAGCAAAGUUUGCAUCAUCCUGAACCUCUUCACCAAUAUCGGGUAUAGCAUGGUAAACAGCGUCGUCGGUGGCCAGAUCUUGUCUGUGGUCUCUGGUGGCUAUCUUUCCGUGAUAGUGGGAAUUAUCAUUGUCGCCGUUUCAAGCUGGAUUAUGGCUCUGUUUGGAAUGAAAAUCUUCCAAUUAUACGAACGAGUUGCCUGGUUGCCACAGCUGCUGGUGAUAUGCGUGAUGGUGGGCUCAGCAGGGCCUAAGUUCGACUUCAACAUCCAUACACCAAUGUCGACAGAGCACUUAAUUGCCAAAAUAAUAACCUUCCUCUCUCUGGCAUUGUCCAUUCCCCUUGCCUGGGCCCCGCUCGCUGCCGAUUACUAUGUGUAUAUCCCGCCGCAAAUGAAGAGCUAUCGGAUAUUCCUGGUCACAGUCUUCGCCGCCACUUGUGCCAUGUCAAUUGUUCUUCUUAUGGGCGUUGGUCUUGGAACCGUGAUCGCCAGCUCGACACACUUGGCGGCCAAGUAUGGCAGCAGUCCCGGGGGCGUUCUGAUGACAGCAUACGACGGUCUGGGAGGGUUCGGGAAAUUCUGUGCUGUCAUCAAUGUCCUCGCCUUGGUUGCCAAUAAUACUCCUGGGGCGUACUCGAUGGGGAUGAACUUCCAAAUGAUUGGCGGGGUGUUUGGAAAGGUUCCACAGCCGAUUUUCACGACUCUCGCUACGGUGAUAUAUGCCGCAUGCGCGAUGGGAGGCCGGGACCGGCUGUACGAGAUCUUCAAGUCUUUCUUGCCUCUAAUCGGAUACUGGGUUAUGAUGUUUGUCGUGAUUGUCUUUGAAGAACAUGUGGUCUUCCGUCGGAGAAGAGGCUAUGACUGGUCUCAGUGGAACUGUCGCGAUAAAUUGCCUUUGGGGAUCGCGGCAGGAGUUGCUUUCCUUAUCGGCUGGGCUGGUGCAAUCGUUGGCAUGUCUCAAUCGUAUUAUAUCGGCCCCAUCGCAAAGAUGGCUGGCGAAGCUGAUCUGGGUCUCUGGUUGGGUGCGGGCUUCACUGCGAUGUUUUUCCCACCGCUACGGGUAUUGGAGCUCAGAUUCAUUCGCCGCUAG